AUGGAUUUUGUCACAGCCCUUUCAACUAUCGGUGAUGCGAAUUCCGUGGCCUUGGAAUACGCUUUAGCGUUUAUGAAGGCCGUGUUCUUGGAUCCGGAAAAUUGGAUUGGCAAAAUGUCGCACCAAUUUGUAGGCCAGUGCUUCCGCGUUCUCGGCCUGAAUUUCAACGUUAGCGUAGAGGCCUUCAGCCAGACGCAGGAUCAUCCAUAUCGCAAUGACAACCCCAACUAUAUCUUCGAUCCGGUGCCAUUUUUGAUGGCAAAAGUGGACUCCUUUCUGUAUCAUCUGGCCCAGGUGUUGGCGAAAUCUGGUGACUUUAUGGCCGACCACAACCAAGGGACCAGAUACGAUCAGUUGACACAGCCACUGCCCUGCUAUCUGAAUCUGGUCAUGAGGUGGGUCAAGGUGGUGCACUCCAUGACCACCUCCAUGCAGCUCAGCAGCAGCACCGCCUUGGAUCGAUUCCUCUGCGAACCGCUGGCCAGAAUGUCUUUUAGCAUUCUUGGUGGACUUUCCAAAUUACUGCCCAAAUACGAACAGAAUAUUGUAGGCCUCAAGGGAAUUUGCCUAUCACUCACCAUAGACGUUCGCUAUGGCGUAUUCUAUCGGGACACCUGCGAAGUGGUUGUUGCACCCAUGCUGGACAUGUUUCGAAAGCACUACAAAACGUUCUGCGGGCCCGAAAAAGCUGCCCUGGACUUUGUCUACUGCAUCUUGACCGUUGUGAUGACAGAGAAUGAUAGCUAUAUCAAGGCCUACGCGUUCUUGGAGACCAUGAUAAAGCAGUUCGCACAUAAGGAAGAACAUGGCCAAUAUCUGCGGACCCUUACCAAUGAGCUGAUCACUGACAAAUUUCUGGUGAUGCAGUUUGGUACACUUCAGGAGAGCAAUUCCAAACCUUUGUUAUUGACAAUCCUUAAGUAUUUAAUGACUCUUCAAAGAAAUUUAGUGAGCACAGAGUGCUUUUCAUUACGUUUUCAUGAGGUUCUGCUCGAGGUUGUCCUGCGAAAGCAAUUGACAGUUGCGUCUCUGGCAGCCAAGGUGUAUAUAAAAUUAUCUCAGCGCCAGCACCAAGAACGUGACAUAGCUCAGCACAUCUUGGAGUCCUACAUAAAGAUCAGCAACCCACGAAAAACUGUCAGCUAUGCAAAGUUCCGAUCUGAACUUACACGCUACCUGAAGACACUUAUUCAGUAUUUUCCCGCGCUGCAGGAGUUUCAGUUUUACGCUUUUGUGCUUACUGCCCCAAAUGCCAUGAUUGAAUUGAGUCUUAUUGCUGCCCAAUCUCUGAGCAUUCUCUUUGAACUACGUAUGGCGGAAUACUCAACGGUGCCAGAGGCUCGUGAUCUGGUCAACGAAAUCCUACACUGCUUGCCAUAUUUUCUGCAAUCAUCUAACAAAAAUGGAACUCGACCUGUGUUCUACAGUAUUUAUGGGAUGAUCGAUUUUGAAUCUGUAGCUGAGUGUGAUGCUGAGUUACUUUUAAAUUUGGAAACCUGCUGCACAGAUAAUUUUCUAAAUGACGACACCAUCAGUGAGUCUGAGUUCUAUGGGCUCUACACGAAUAUCUCACGCUCUGUAGACGCAACAGGAAAUAUUCUGAUGCACACGACUGCCUCAAGAGCAUUGCGAGAUCAGCAAGCUCGAUUGCAGGCCGAGUUGAACACCACCGACUUGGAGGAUCCUAAAAGGCAGGAGCUUUUGGAGGUAUAUGCCCUAAGCAUUCGUCGCCUACAUGCGCUCCUAAUGGCCAAUAAGAUGCACGUUCGUUAUGUGACGGACUUUUACGAGACACUUGCCAAAUUUGUGCUGGAAACACCUUCACUUAAUAACAGUAUAACUCUUUAUGGCUCCGAAAGUUUGGCUACGCUGUUAGUCCUUCUGCACAGAAACCUCAAGGAUGCGGACGACGAAAUGGGCAUCCAGAUAUCAACUCUAGCACAGCAGCUACAAGACUUUUGCAUUUUUGAAUUGUCAAACGCCAAUCAGGACUUAAAGCGAUCCAAGUUUAUGUUCUGUUCUAUUCUGACAUUGCAUAUCGGCCAGAUAUCAUGUUUAAACCUUGAUUCUGCUACCUAUGACAUGCUUUUGGAAGCAUUAACCACUGUACCCCAAGAAUGGCAGCCUGAAAGCCCUAAACUCACCAAUAGUUACUUUCGUGAGAUGCAUUUUGAGUUCCGUCAAUUAAUGCGGACAGAGCAAAUCGAAUUGCCCAGCAAUCGGACAUGGAAGGUGCUAUUGCAUUACAAAACGUAUGCAAAUUCAUUAAAAUUCCUCGACGCAGAGAUCGAGGAGCUCAUAGGUGUUCUCAUCGAAUGCCGUGUGGAAAGCUAUGUCCAUUUCCUCCCAGUUAUUAUCAUGCACCUUUUCAAUGAGAUCAAUGCCAAGAAGCGGGCUUCACCUGCUUUAACUGCCCACCUGCAGCUCAUCGACAAAAACUGCACCGCUGUGGACUCUUGGUUGCUGCGGCUUAUCAUCUUUCAGACUUCACUUAAUCUCUUGAUUAAAAACAUGCGCGUUCGGCGAUUGGAGGCGACCAGUUCACGUGAUCGGAAUCGUCUUCUGCCGCUUCAGCAUGUCCUGACUCUGGUGGCCGAUUUGCGUUUUCAGGAGAAACACAUCAUGAACAUGGCUAAAAUGGUGCACAUUUUAAAGGAGGAGGUAAUUGGAACUCAGGAGAAUUCGGAAAUUGAAAGUUUCAUCACUCGUAUCAGUGCAUUUAAAUAUCGAGUCGAGGACGAACAUUUGGAAGCUAUCAAUAACGAUGAUUUUGAAGGUAAACUGAGAGCUUUGCCGCCUGGGCCACUAAACCUUUGGCAGCACAAUGCUUUACAUGAAUUAAGACAUUCAUCUUAA